AUGAACCGAGAGGAGCGCCUGGAAGGCGGGGAGGGGGAGGAGGCACGCCCGGCCCUCUACGGGCCCCGCCCCCGGGAGGCGCAAAGGGCUGCGUCCGAGAGCACCGAGCUGCACAGAGCGCAGAUGGAUGAGCCCAAGAGCGCCGAAAACCCCCGGGUGGAGACGUGGGGCCCGCCGCCCACGAUAGAGCGAGGGAAGAAGUACCGCAUCCGUCCCUUAGAGGACCAGUUGGAAUAUUACGUUCUCGACCCUCGGCUGACCCUUUCAGAUGAUUUAAAAGUAGGCUAUUUCAAAACAGAUCGUGCUACUCAAACAGAUGUCACUGAAGUUUUGGAAAUAAGACAGCUAAGUAAUACAACACAAAAACUAGUCAAGAUUACUGAUCUCCUUCAACGAGAUUUUAAAUAUCUCAAAACAUACCUUGAGAUGCAGUUUGAGGACCGCCUGAGAGAAGAAUCUAUGAAACUCUAUAAAAAACUACAAAUGAUUAUUCAAGAAAUAGUAGCUCUUCAUGAAAAGAAUGAAAACACAAUGAGAAAAAGCUUCUAUAAACAGUUAUGUGAUGCCAUUGCUUCUAUCAGAGGAGCGUAUUCGCAAUUCUUUGAAGUAGAUGACGAAAUUGCAAAAUUGUCCUCCGCAAAUGCAAACCUUUUCAGAAAAAAGCUUAGGGAGAAAAAUGAUUUAAUAAGAGAGUUACAAGAACAAUUAGUGGCCUAUAAGGAAAAGGAAUUGUUCAAAGUGGAAUCCGGAACGGAAGAAAGCAGUGAGAAAGUGGCACAUCUAGAAAAGGAAAUUAGCGACCUCAGAAGGGAAAAUGACAAACUGACGAAAUUCAUUACGAGUCUUGAAGAGAACCUUCAACUCUGUGAAAAGGCAAAUACACUCUUAGAAGGUGAACUUUUGGCUAUGAAACAAAAAAUGGAGAAGGAUCAGAAAAUGAUUCAAAAGUUAACCUUAAUGAAAGACAAAUUAAGUGAGGAUCUUGAUCAAGAGAAAAGGGCAGUUGAAGACAUGUUUGAAGAACAAAAGGAAGAUAUGGAAGAAACAAGAAGGUUGUUGGAAGCUGAAGAUGUUCCUGGUGUCAGGUCCCCUAAAGGAAUUCCAAGAUCAUACUUUGAAGAAAAGCCAAGUGUGCGCAGGACCCCCUCGAGGAAUGAUCUAAUAUGGAGAGAAGGAGUAGAUGGUAAACAGGCGUUGGAGUUUCAAGUCAAAAAGCUGAAGAAGAUUUUGGAGAUGCAGAACAAACAGUUAAAAUGGCUUCAAACUGAAGCUGAUCAGGAAAGCAAAAUGUGGGAAAGGAAAUGCUUAAUUCUAAGGAACAGUUUACACGCCCUCAAGGAUGAGAUGUUUACCAGGCAGUCAUUUGUUCGCCAGUUUGUAUCGCUUUCCGACACAUCCUUCAAUUACUAUAAAGCAAAGCCCUUAUACAUACAGCCAAAACAAAGCAUGGUUGGUCAAGAAAAGUCAUUUCAGUCUACAGUUUUGCCCCAUCUAGACAGCAGUAGUCAUUCUCAAAUCAGCGAUGACUUUUUCCUCCUUUCAAUGCCCACUACAUCAAGAGGUAAGAAUUUUUAUGUGCCUUCUAAAGAUUUUUCAUUUGGCCGUUACUAUGCAGUUAGCAUGCAGCUAGGUCGUGCUGUGGAUAGAGCCUAG